AUGGAUCUCGCCGGCUCUGCCACCAAUCCUACCGGUCCUGACGCCCAAGAAGACGCCAGACCUAGCGGUGCUGCGGUCGCUGCGAUCCAACAUGUCAACCUGCCACCAUUUUGGCCCAACAGCCCCAGCACAUGGUUUCUGCAGGUCGAGGCGCACUUCCGUCUACGGCAAAUCACCAGCCAACAGACCAGGUACUGGCAUCUGGUGUCCUGCUUACCUCAGGACGUAGCCGACUACUUAGCUGAUAUUUUAGCGUCGCCGCACCCGAGCCAUCCCUACGACACGUUGAAGGCAGCUAUCAUUUCCCGCAAGUCUGAGUCCGAACACAGCAGACUCCAACAGCUCAUAACGGCCACAGAGCUCGGUGACCGUCGCCCAUCACAGCUCCUGCGACGCAUGCGCCAGCUCCUUGGCGGCCCCUCCGCCCCUCAAGAGGAGAAGCUGUUGCGUGAGUUGUUCCUCCAGCGCUUACCGAAGAGCAUGGUACCGGUCCUCGUGGCUGCAGGAGAUGUCCCAGUAGACACACUCGCUGAAAUGGCUGACCGAGUGGCGGACUACUCGCGGGCACAUAGCCUCAACGCCGUUACCACACCGCCACCGGCCACCGCUGCAGACCCGGCGCUCGCGAGCAUCGAGAACCGUUUGGACGCCCUUGUCAGGCGCCUCGAUGGCUUUGUACCUGCACAUCGUCGACCGUCAUCCAGGUUCCAGAUACCCACGUCCCCACGUUCUCCGGAACUUCGGCCAACCGACGCGCCGCGGGACGUCUCAUCCUCAACCGUGUGCUGUAGUGUGAGCCGGAGCAGGGGCCAUGGCUUCAAGUUCGCGGAGGGCAACGCUGGUCACCUGGUCUGA